AUGGUUUCAUACUCAGCGUCUUCGAGGCAGGAAAGCCCAGCCGAUUCCCCCGCGUCCUCUCCCGCUAUAGACUCGGCUUCGAGUGGCGUAGACGAAUCCUGGGAGCAGGAUUGCUCAUCAUCGACCUCCGCACAUCAAACGCCACCUUCAGCGCCUCGAGAUCGACCCUCACUCACUGCCGACCUCAAAGAGAAACGAAAGCGAUCUCGCGUGACACCUCAACAACUCGUGCAGCUUGAGCAAUCCUUUGCUGCCGAUCGAAGCCCGACAGCUGCAAGGCGAAAAGAAAUAAGCAAGCUACUUGGGAUGAACGAGAGGCAGACACAGAUUUGGUUCCAGAACAGGCGAGCAAAAGCUAAGUUGCAGGAGAUGGGUGCCAAGGCCCCUGGCGGUCCAAUGCACGGCUUACUUGACGUUCUACCCGGACAAAUCAGCGAUGCCAAUCACCGCACACUCAUCAACGAGGACGGACCUAUCUGUAUCAUGCCCUGUACCGACUUAACCGUCGGAACGUGGAAGCGUAUGGCAAUGGCCCCGGACGAUUUGGUCGCUUAUGUUUCCGAAGCCAAGCAGCGCUUCAGUUGGUUCAUCCAAUGCGAGGGCACUAGCUUCAAAAUGAAUGUCCCAUUUAGCACUGUCAUUGACACCAAAGUCUCCCACCUAUCUGCGGAUAUGGUCCUGGCUUCGAUCAUACUCUCACAUCCUCCUCAAUUUUUCGCCAAGUCGGCACGGCCUGCAGCCGUCAACGCAGGGCCAUCAGAGUGGAAAAGAUGUGCCGAUUGGACCGAAGACAUGCAAGCCACGAAAGUGAUGCGUCACGAUCUGGUCGCUCUAGCGGGCCCAUUGUAUCAAGCAUUGGGUGUCUUUAACUUUGUCAGGUCGAGCUUUGAAGGCGGUUCGGCACCAGCAGAGCAACACCUUUCGCGCGACGCAGGCCACCAACGCAUUGCCGAGCGAAAGCCACAGUCUCCACGUACAUUCAUUACUCAUGCAGCGGGUUGGCACGACUCGCCGCGGAACUCUGCAGCUAGCGAUGUUUACCCUCUAUCCCACUCGCCGGACUAUGUAUAUAACGCCCCUUCAGCUCAGCUUACGCCCCCCCAAGGUCUGACGGAUGAAGUCGUGCCAUAUUGGGGUAGUCCUGCUGAUGCGUCCUCGGGUAUGCCGAUCCAACAAGCACGGCAUUCCACCGCCCCGUCCUAUUUUUCCGCAGCAACAUCAUCCCCCCAUGCCCCAUCGUCGAUGUCAGCAUAUAACGCACGUUACAGCGCUCAGGACUACGAGACUCGCUCCUUCUCCGACUCGCCGCCAUUGUUCUCUGGUUCUAGCGGUCUCUCAUCCGCAUCCACGUCGCCUUCCUCGUUCCCGUCCCCGGAAAAUACCCGAGCGGCUAACCUCGCGCUGGAUUGGGACAAUGGCGCGGGCCCGCGAGUUAGCUCGUCGCAGGUAGGGCACCAGGGCGGCACCGCGAUGAACCUUACGGAUCCCCGCGGCAUGAGCGUAUCCGCCAUCACUCAUCAUCAGACUAGUGCACAAGUCAAGCGACCGUUCUGA